AUGGCGUCUCUCUGUCCCAUCAGCAACUUGAUCCCGGCAGCCGCUGAGGAAAUAGCUUGCAACCAAGACCUCAUCACGCUGAUCCUCAUCCGCCUGCCCGUUAAGUCUCUUCUCCGAUUCAAAUGUGUCUCCAAGAAUUGGCUCUACCUCAUCUCCAAUCCACAAUUCAGUACCCGCCAUCGCAGUGUUGCCUCUGCAGGCAUCAUCUUGUGUCAAAGUCCUGGUCUCAUUGGUCACCUGUCUCACCAUUGCAGAAAUUCUGAGCAACCCUUUAAGUCUCUCAACUUCAUCGGUGACUCAGCCGGUGUUAAAGUGUUGCAGUCUAUCAAUGGCCUGGUCUUGUGCUGUAGCUAUCACAAACAGGGGAAACGCCGCAGCUUUUAUGUCUGCAACCCUUCAACAAGGCAAUUCUUGAUGCUUCCUCCACCUAACGCAGAUGGCUGCGAUUCGUGCACAACCAUUUUCGGUGUUAAUUUGGCUUUCAAUCCCUCUAAGUCACCUCACUACCAAGUUGUCUGCGUUCGAAAUUGUUCUUCGUCAUCAACAGCAUCCGGUAAUUACCAGAUUGAGAUAUACUCAUCUGAGACUGGAACUUGGAGGCUAUCUGGCUCUCCUUUUGUUGCCUCAUCUGACAUGGUGUUUGAAAAUGGGGUGCUUUGGAAUGGCACAAUUCACUGGAUUAGCCCAAAAGGGGCUACGUUAUGUUUCGAUAUCGAUCGAGAGCGCCUCCGAUCAAUGCCUAGUCCUCCAUCACAUGAGAGAUGGGACAAAAGAAGGUUCAGAUAUUUUGGUGAGUCUGGUGGUCAUUUGCACCUUGUUGAAAUUUAUGGUCCAAGCACUACUCAAUUCCAAGUCUUUGAGAUGGAGACGGAUUACUCAAGAUGGAUUCCCAAGUAUGAUAUCGACAUUGCUGCAAUCGUAGAUGAACUUCCGGGGAUGGUUAUGGAAUACCUUGAGCUCCAUGAAUAUGGUUCUCGUUUCUAUGCAUUUGUUUUGCUUUUUGUCCAAGAAAUUGAAGGGGGCCCGUUUCUGUUGCUACACAUUCCUGGUAAGUUUAUAUCUUACAAUAUUAGAGAUAGGACCUUCAAGGAGAUUUGUGGUUUUGGUCCCAAAUCCACCGAAACAAAUACUUCUGCGUUGCAGAUUGGAUGCUUUCAUGCUCAUCAGUUCGUAGAGACUCUGGCUUGUGUUUGA